AUGAGCUCUCUUAAGAAACUAAAAAAAAGCUUGUGGUAUAAAUAUCAAAAUAAUAAUACGAUUCGAAUACGUAUUGAAAGCCAACUUCCUUCUCCCGAAGAAGAACCCAACUACCAAGUGUUGAAUGACGACUUAUUCCAUAAUUGCGGAAACAAUUACGUCACACUAAGAAAUUAUUUUGAAAUAACAAAAGAUAACCCUAUUAUUGUCGAAAGUGUGGAAGUGACCACAUCAGAUAAUAAUAUAAUACAAGAAUUGGAAGCUCGGCUAGCCGUUUUGCAGAUGACUCAAGAAACAAGUCCAGCAACUGCGACGUCUAGUACAUCAGUUCAAGCGUCUUCUAACGAAAUACAUUUCCGUUAUAGGAAUGAAACCUUCUUUUUUGAUCAAAAUGCCUUAAAUUCUAUGAGAAUAUCCAAUGUGGAGAAACUGAAAGGGGCGAUCAAAUUUCGAUUGGAUAUACCAGAAAAUAUCACCCUUCGUAACGGGGAGAACAAAGUGGGUUCAGAAACUCCCAUCUCUGAAUUAUGCAACACGGAAAGUUAUGCACUAGUUGUCGUAGUUGAUGACCUCACAGAUAAAAUGUCAAGACUAGAAUUUGAGCCUGAAUUUCAAUAUGCUUCUGGAGCAUUUGGGUGUGAAUUCAAAAAUAAUUUAGAUUAUGUUGGAUAUUUUCAGAAUUACAUCACAACAUGUUACAACAAUUCUAAAGAUACCUACAUGCCUUACAUCUCCAUUGUGCAAUCUUCUGGUUAUGGCAAGUCAAGGCUCAUAAAAGAAUAUGCAAAUGAGGUCUACACCUUGUACUUAAAUUUAGGUAUUGAUCGAAAAUGUUUCCCCCGCCCUUCAGCCUGUGCAAAGGAAUUCGUAGCUUCAUUUCAAAAAGCUAAAGAUCCGGUAGUUUGGUUCAACACCUUUUUGGCAAUGGCAGUUUACUUAGUGGUUUCUGAAGUAAAGAAAAAUAAUACUGAUAAAAGCUCAUUCUGGAGAAGCCACCUUGAUGAUAAUGGACAAUCCAUCUGGGAUCUUGCAAUAAGAGCUGCAAAUGAGGCCGAAACUUCUAAUGAUUUGAUAUCAAUCAGAGAUAAUCCAGGAUAUUUGGAGGAAAGUUUUACUAGUGAAAAUGACAUCAAGCUUUUACUCUGUAUUGAUGAGGGAAGAAAGCUCAUACAAGAAACAAAUCGUGAUCUAGGUAUAACUUUAUUUCGAUGUUGGAGACGUGCACUUCAAAAUAAUAAGUGGAGAACAAGAGGUUUAUUUUCAGUGAUAUUGGAUACCACAUCACGAAUCACAAAUUUUUCACCUGCUUCAGGUUAUGACCCAACUAUAAAAGCUCUUCAAGAAGAUGUGGAGCUUUUCAAGCCAUUUAUUUAUAUUUCUACUUAUAGCUCUUUGGUAAACAAUUCAGACAACUUUUAUGACUAUGCAUUUUCUAUAGGAAGACCAUGUUGGAAAGCGCUUAGAAAUGAAUAUAUUAAAGAAGUUGUUAGAUCAGAUAGUGCUGAAUGUUACGCUUGGGAAAAAGUUAAGUUGCUUAUAAAGGCAAAACUACAAGGAGGAACUAAUAAUCCUACUGAUGAUGAAGGAAAAAACCUUACAAGUGUAGCUCUUCUUGCUUCCUUUUGUUCUGUAGAUAUUUCUCCAUCAGUACAUUUUGCUUCAAAUCUUGUUGCUAGCCACCUUGGAACCUGUCUUGCAAUUUCUCAAGAUAGGACAAAAAUUCUAACCUGUUAUCCUUCAGAACCAUUGGUUACUGAAGCUGCAUAUGAACUUUUAGAUGAUAAUAUGUUGUUUCUUAUUGCACAAUCUUUUAACCAAGGAGUUGUAGAACCUGGAAAACGUGGUGAAAUAGUUGGAGAACUUAUCCUUAUACUUACCCGUCAAAAGCUUUAUAAAAGACUUAAAAGGGCAAAAAAAGCUACUUUUUAUACAGGAGAAAUUAAACUUUUUAUCUUUUUGGAAGAUUUGUUAAAGAAUAAUAUUGUUUUAAAAAAGAAUUAUGAUGAACAUAAGUUUUUUAAAGACGCCAAUAUUUCUUUUACGAGAUUUGUGACUAUUCGCACAAUUCCAACUCUUAGUGAUUUAGAAAAAGGCUAUAAAUCCUGUGUAGCAUUUAAUCUCAAACGAAAUCAACAAGGUGCUGAUUUUUUAAUACCAGUUAAAUGUAAUGGAAAAUAUACUGUUUGGGUCAUUCAAAUCAAGAAUCACAAUCUGCUUAAAUGCAAUUCUGGCGUUACGGAAGAUUCAACAUCUAAAUUAGAGCCUAAAUAUGUUUUUUCCAAGACUGACUUGGCAAAACUCGAAUCUCCUUAUCUUGCUAUGUAUUGGCAGUUAGGUGCUCAUCAAAUUAACAUUGAAGAAGUGGAAUGGGGAGUUUCUUCUAGAACACGUGAAAAGGAAAAACAAGACAAAACAUCACCUUACACACACUAUACUAUUUUAGGUCUCAAAUCUUUUAAGGUUGCAAAUGGAAAUACUCUUAAAGGUCUUCGAACAAUUCUUGAAGCUUAUGUUGAUCCUUAUGAUACGUUCUGGUCAUCUGAUAAAUUUUUUGGAGAUCCAACAAAUCAUAUUGAAUCAUUUUUAUCUUGGCAUCCUCCUGAUAACAAGAUAGAUGUUGGAGUAUUGUUAGACGAAUAUGAUGAUAGAGAUGCUGAAGGUCCUGUUCAAGAGGAUUGA